UGCCCUGGGCGCGCUUCUCUGCCUGGCUGGAGUGCGUGUGCGUGGUCACCUUCGAUCUGGAGCUGGGCCAGGCGCUAGAGGUGACCCUUCCUUAUUGAAGGCAAAAAGUGGCCCAUUGAUGCAUUCAUUCAUCAACCAAUCAAGUUCUGAGCAGCCACCACCAGACAGGUCCUGCUGUGUCUAUGCUCAGCUCAUGGUUCAUAAAAGCAAAAGCAAAUGUAGCCUCUUGCCCUGCAGGAGUUAACCUUUGCUAGAAACACAGGCUAGUCUACCCAAGUGAUUUCCGGCUCACAGACAAGGAGAAAAGCAGCAUCUGCUACCUGGCCUUCCCAGACUCGCACUCAGGGUGCCUGGGAGACACUCAGUUCAGUUUCCGUAUGCGUCAGUGUGGGGGACAAAGGAGCCUCUGGCAGGUGGAUGAUCGGUUGUAUAACAACAAGGCCCCCUUGGCAUUGCAGAGGGAGCCAGCACACUACCUGGGCUAUGUGUACUUCAGACAGGUGAAGGACAGCUCUGUGAAGAGGGGCUACUUCCAGAAGUCUUUAGUGCUGGUGUCCCGCCUGCCGUUCGUCCGGCUGUUUCAGUCACUCCUAAGCCUGAUUGCCCCUGAAUACUUUGAGAAGCUUGCACCCUGCCUGGAAGCAGUUUGUAAUGAGAUUGACCAAUGGCCAGCGCCGGUGCCUGGGCAGACCCUGAACCUACCUAUCAUGGGAGUCGUCAUUCAGGUGCGCAUCCCAUCCAGGGUGGACAAGCUAGAAUCCACUCCUCCAAAGCAGUGUGAUCAAGAGAACCUGCUGCCAGCUCCAGUCGUCCUCACUAGUGUCCAUGAACUGGAUCUGUUUAGGUGCUUCCGGCCAGUGCUAACCCACGUGCAGACCCUGUGGGAGCUCAUGCUUCUUGGGGAGCCCCUAGUGGUCCUGGCACCCUCUCCCGACGUGUCUUCAGAGCUGGUACUAGCCCUAACCAGCUGCCUCCAGCCUCUGAAGUUCUGCUGUGACUUCCGCCCCUACUUCACCAUUCACGACAGUGAGUUCAAGGAGCUCACAACUCGAACCCAGGCUCCACCAAACGUGGUCCUGGGAGUCACAAACCCUUUCUUUAUCAAAACACUCCAGCACUGGCCUCAUGUCCUUCGAAUUGGGGAACCUAAGAUGUCAGGGGACCUACCAAAGCAGGUCAAGCUUAAAAAACCCUCCCGGCUGAAGACCCUCGACACCAAGCCAGGCCUCUACACCUCCUAUACUGCCCACCUCCACCGGGAUAAAGCGCUGUUUAAACGACUGCUCAAGGGCAUACAGAAGAAGCGGCCAUGGGAUGUGCAGAGUGCCCUGCUCAGGCGGCACCUUCUAGAGCUCACACAGAGCUUCAUCAUACCUCUGGAGCACUACAUGGCCAGCCUCAUGCCACUCCAGAAGAACAUCACACCCUGGAAGAGCCCUCCGCAGAUCUGCCCCUUCCGCCAGGAAGAUUUCCUGCGAAGCCUGGAGCACGCGGGACCCCAGCUCACCUGCAUCCUCAAGGGUGACUGGCUGGGCCUCUACAGGCGGUUUUUCAAGUCCCCCCAUUUUGAUGGCUGGUAUCGGCAACGACACAAAGAGAUGGCCCAGAAGCUGGAGGCUCUGCACCUGGAAGCUAUCUGUGAGGCGAACAUCGAGGCUUGGAUGAAGGACAAGUCUGAAGUAGAAGUGGUCGACCUGGUCCUGAAACUUCGGGAGAAGCUGGUGCGGGCACAGGGCCACCAGCUCCCUGUGAAGGAGGUGACACUGCAGCGGGCUCAGCUGUACAUUGAUACAGUUAUUGGCUCCCUGCCCAAGGACCUGCAAGCAGUCCUGUGCCCUCCCUAGGACAGGGCCAACCUGUGUGGUCCUGGGGGUGGGGGUGGGGCUGUCUGCCAAGUUCCCUCUCCCUUGAAAGGCAGGCCUCCAAGCUGGGGCUCCCAGCCUUAGGCUCCUACCUCGGCUUCAGCCCCCUCCCAGAACCACCCUUGUCCCAGCAGUAAAAUGACAUUUGGAAUGACAGUCUGGUCCCUGACUAUUGGAGGAUUCUGUGCUGGCACUGCCUCGCUUCUUCCUGGGCCCCACCUGUCCUCCACAGCUGGAGGUGGGAGUGGCCUGGUAGCCCUCACUGAUGUAGGUGGCUUCACCACCUGCUGCCUCCUGGCUCCAUCUGCCCGCACUCCAGGGUGCCUUGUGUUGGGGGUCCUUUAGCCCAGCAGGCUUCCCCGCCCAGAGAAGAGGGAGGCAGCUGCCAGGGCCAGCCCCUUUCCUUUACACCCCACUU